GAUUAUCCAACCGGUCAGGCAGCUGACCGGCCCACCAGGUGUACAUCGAAAAUAGAUCUUCGGGUAUUGGCGUCCGGUCUCCCCAUCCAACCGGUCAAAUAACCCAGGCUGAGAAAGGCGCGUGAUGUCACUUCCAUCACCACCCAGUCAGCCAGGCCCUUCCGCCCAUUCUUACGGUUCUGGUGACCGGGCUCAGACCUCCGGUUCCUCCUCUUCUUCAUCCUCUGAUUCUGAGCACCCAGCUACUUCUCCACAGAAAAAGCCGGCUGAUGCUUCCACUUGUGCUCCUUCUUCUUCCGUGGCGCAAGUGAUCUCGGUUGCCCAACCUGGGGAUGAGGGCUUUGUUCUGCUGGAUGACCGGUUGCUCCAAACGCAAUCGUCGGUCAUGCAGAAGGCCCAAGUCCACGAGGUGCGCAACCUGAUGCCGGACGGGUACCAAUUAACUUACCAGGCAACGUGGAAGAGCAUUAUUCCUCUCCACGCCGGUACGUCGAUUGGUAUCCAUUACCACUCUAUCAAGGACCUGGGCGAAUUCUCUAUUCAUCCAUUCAAAGUCCUUUUCCUCGAAACAUACGGUAUCAUGCCCGGGCAGCUGGCCCCUAAUGGUCACCGUUUGUUGGGCAGCUUCAUCAAUGUCUGCCGGUUCCUUCGUAUUCCUCUUUCCCUUCGUCUCUUCGACCAUAUGUUCGAUGUCCGGCCCGGGUCCAAGGAGACCCUUGGAUUCGUGGUGGUGUCUUCUCACCAAGGCCGGGCAUUUCUCUAUGGCCUUCCUCCUUCCAACAAGAAGUGGAAGGACAAAUACGUCAAACCGACGGAGGCCGAUGACCUGGUUGCCUGGGAAAACACCCUCCGGGCCGGGGAUGCCUCCACCCGCGGUCUUUACCACGUCGGGAAGUGGAGCGUCUACUCCGUCCGGGAGACUGACCCUGAGCCGGAGAUUGUCCUGCCCGGGGCGAUCCCCGAAGCUAUCCCCAUCCGCCAGGCGAGGGGACCCAAAGCCCAGGCCACUGCCACCGCCGGUCCUUCACGCCAGGGGAAGAAGAAGAAGGAGAAAGUGGUGAAGUUCCAGUCGAAAUUUGCCACCCCAAAAAUCAUCGUUGAGGAGCCCUCCACCGCCCAACUUCUCAGCCAACCUUCGGUCCAACCAAUCUCUUUGGACGAGCAGCCGGCCCAGUCUCAACAGGGGACCAGCCAGCCCAUCCACUCCGGGGAACUCUACAUCAAUGUAGAUACCCUGGAGUUCGACCAGCUGAUGGAGGCUGGUCAAGCAAACCAGCUGGCCGAGGGAGGCCACGACGAAGAGGAGGCUGCUGAAGAGUCCCUUAAAAGGAAGAGGCGGAAGACUGAAGUAGUCGACCAGCCGGCUCAUCAAGCAGCCCAGUCCUCCGAUGCCGGCAAAAGGCAAAGCCAUCCCCGGUCUAUGGCUCUAAUGUCUAGAUCGGACGAAGAGCUCCUUCAAGCCUUCCGCGCCGACCUGACUGAGGUCGGUCGGAUUGGUGAGGAGUACUUCACCCGGCUGGUGAAGUCAAGGGACGAGGAAAAGGCCCGGAUGGAGGCCAUGAUGGUCGAAUGCCGGAAGGAGGCUAAGGCCGCUUUUGAGAAGGCGGCGAAGGCGGAGGAGAAGCUGAUGGACCAUUGUGCGGUCUACCGCCAGCUGUAUGCGAAGCAUGACGGUCUCCUCAAGGCCGCGAAAGAGGUUGAUGAGCAAGCUCAGGCAAAGAUCCAACAGCUUGAGGCCGAGAACGCCCGGUCAGCUGAGGAAAUUGCCCGGCUCGGAGACGAGCUGGAGAAAGAGCGCUCGGAAAGGGCUCCUCUUGCUGCCGCCUGGGCUGUUCAAGCGCCUGAGGAGUUUGCUGCCCAAGCACUUCCUGAACGGGAGACUGCCAUCCGCUUCUUCCAAGGUUUAUACAAGCACGAAGUCUCGGCCGGGAUCAUCGACGAGAUCGGAACCUACGGUUUCGAAAGCGGUCAGUACGAUGAACGGCGGGCUCUAUAUAGUAUCCUUGAGCAGCGGAUUCAAGGUUUUCAGCCCAAGGCUCUUUCUCUGCCCGAGCUGCAUGAUGAGGCACCGGUCGCGCCUUUCCCGGGCAUCUGAUUUCCCAGCCUUUUCUUCUCUUUUUUUUUACUUCCCAUGUGUAAUGAUCUGCCUCCAGGCACUUUUGUAAGACGCUCAAAUAUUAAUGCAAGUGUUUUUCUUCUAUAUUCUCUUCAACCGGGAAGACUUUGAGUUUCAUUAAUUUUCUUCCGGUCGGUUAAUAACCCGUGAUGGCGUAUCGAGUAUUUGCCCGGGCGCUUAUAAGGCCGGUACCUUUUCACAAGGGCUUCUUUUCACAAUGGCUUAAAGCCCUU